GCCGGGGCAGGCGCUGCAGCCGGAGCCGGGUGAGGCCAGGUUGGGGAUGCACUCAAGAUGAAUGUCAAUCAGCCAGCUCCCCCUGGGGUGCCAUAUGGACAGCCUCAGCCUGGCUACACCGGAUAUCAAUCCAGCUAUGGUGGGCAGCCGGGACCGGUGAUCCCUCCUAGUCCUUAUGGAGCCUACAAUGGUCCGAUGCCAGGCUAUCAGCAACUGCCUCCCCCAGGUGUGCCAAGAGCACCACCUUCCUCGGGAACACCCCCAGCCUCUUCUACAACCCGAGUUCCUAGUGGCCAGUCUGCAUAUGGCCAGUUUGGCCAAGGGGAUGUACAGAAUGGUCCAAGCUCCACUGUUCAAAUGCAGAGGCCUAUGUCUCAGCCAUUUGUGCCAGCCCCAGUGGCCCCUCCGGUGAACCAGCCAGCUGCAUAUCAGCCCUAUGGCCCUCCCCCAACCAGCGCACAGGUGACCAGUCAGAUGGCAGGAAUGCAGAUCAGUGGCCCGGCUGCCCCUCCACCUUCAGGGUUAGGCUAUGGGCCACCACCUACAUCAGUGGCUUCAGCCUCAGGAAAUUUUCCAGGCUCCAGUCAAUAUGGCUCUUACCCUCCAAACCUGGCUCCACCUACUAGCCUGGCCCAAGCUCAUCCUGGUGCCCAAACCCCACAGCGAUCUGCCCCUCUGCAGGCUUCUAAUUUCCCACCCCCAGCAGCAGGGGCCUCCAGGCCUCCUUCAACUGCUGGACCAUCCAUGCCUGGACAGAGUUUUGGGGGGCCCCCAGUGAGCCAGUCCAACCAUGCAUCCUCACCUCCCCCACAAGCUCAGCCUCCAAUGCCUGGCCCCCCAGGACCACCACCUCCUAUGCACUCCACCCAGCCAGGCUAUCAGCUACAACAAAAUGGCUCCUUUGGACCAGCCCGAGGCCCUCAGCCUAACUAUGGGGGAGCCUUCUCCGAAGCACCAAACUUUGCCAGUCAGCCUGGGCCUCCUCAGGCACCUCCCCCAAAGCGCCUGGAUCCUGAUUCCAUCCCCAGUCCUCAACUCAAUGAGCUGCCUCCUCAGCAGAAAACCAGGCACAGAAUAGACCCUGAUGCCAUUCCUAGCCCAAUCCAGGUCAUUGAAGAUGACAGAAAUAACCGGGGGUCAGAGCCAUUUGUCACUGGAGCACGAGGACAAGUCCCACCCCUGGUUACCACCAACUUUGUAGUGAAAGACCAAGGAAAUGCAAGCCCACGAUAUAUCCGGUGCACAUCAUAUAAUAUCCCUUGCACAUCUGACAUGGCCAAGCAGGCUCAGGUGCCCCUAGCAGCUGUCAUUAAGCCACUGGCCAGGCUGCCCCCUGAGGAGGCUCCUCCAUAUGUGGUGGACCAUGGGGAAUCAGGCCCUGUGCGUUGCAAUCGCUGCAAAGCCUACAUGUGCCCCUUCAUGCAGUUUAUUGAAGGCGGGAGGCGCUUCCAGUGCUGCUUUUGCAGCUGUGUAACUGAAGUUCCUCCCCAGUAUUUCCAACACCUGGAUCACACUUAUAAACGUGUGGACUUCUAUGACCGGCCUGAACUUUCCCUGGGUUCCUAUGAAUUCCUGGCUACUGUGGAUUACUGCAAGAACCACAAGUUCCCUCGCCCCCCUGCCUUCAUAUUCAUGAUUGAUGUCUCCUACAAUGCUAUUAGGAGUGGCCUUGUCAAGCUCCUCUGUGAGGAGCUCAAGUCACUGUUGGACUUCCUGCCCAGGGAGGGCGGGGCAGAGGAGUCGGCUAUACGAAUUGACUUUGUCACGUACAACAAAGUGCUGCAUUUCUACAAUGUGAAGAGUUCCUUGGCCCAGCCACAGAUGAUGGUGGUGUCUGAUGUGGCAGACAUGUUUGUGCCACUGCUGGAUGGCUUCCUGGUCAACGUUAGCGAGUCUCGGACAGUCAUCAACAGUUUAUUGGACCAGAUUCCAGAAAUGUUUGCAGAUACAAGGGAGACAGAGACAGUAUUUGCCCCUGUGAUUCAGGCUGGAAUGGAAGCCCUGAAGGCUGCUGAGUGUCCAGGGAAGUUGUUUUUGUUCCAUACAUCUCUGCCCAUUGCAGAAGCCCCUGGGAAGCUGAAGAACCGAGAUGACAGGAAGCUGCUCAACACUGACAAGGAGAAGACUCUCUUCCAGCCACAAACGGGCUUCUAUCAGUCACUGGCCAAAGAGUGUGUGACCCAGGGCUGCUGUGUGGACCUCUUUCUCUUUCCUAACCAGUAUGUCGAUGUGGCCACUCUUGGAGUAGUACCCCACCAUACUGGUGGCUCCAUCUACAAGUACGCUUGCUUCCAGGUGGAAAGUGACCAGGAGCGCUUCCUCAGUGACCUCCGGCAGGAUGUACAGAAGGACGUUGGCUUUGAUGCUGUGAUGCGCGUCCAGACAAACACUGGGAUCCGGGCUACAGAUUUCUUUGGGUCCUUCUACAUGAGCAACACAACAGAUGUGGAGCUGGCAGGUCUGGAUGGGGACAAGACGGUGACGGUAGAAUUCAAGCAUGAUGAUCGCCUCAGUGAAGACAGCGGAGCCCUCAUCCAGUGUGCUCUGCUUUACACCAGCUGUGCUGGGCAGCGGAGGCUCCGAAUUCACAACCUGUCACUGAACUGCUGCACCCAGCUUGCUGACUUGUAUCGGAAUUGUGAGACGGACACACUUAUCAACUACCUGGCCAAGUUUGCAUACCGGGGUGUACUGAGCAGUCCUGUGAAGGCAGUGCGUGAUGCUCUCAUCAGCCAGUGUGCCCAGAUCUUGGCCUGUUACCGAAAGAACUGUGCCAGCCCAUCUUCUGCUGGACAGCUCAUCCUCCCAGAAUGCAUGAAGCUUCUCCCUGUGUACCUGAAUUGUGUACUGAAGAGUAACGUCCUGCAGCCUGGGGCUGAGGUCACCACUGAUGACCGAGCCUAUGUCCGGCAGUUGGUCACUUCCAUGGAUGUGGCAGAAACCAAUGUCUUCUUCUAUCCUCGGCUCCUACCACUGACAAAGGUUCUGUUGGAAAGCAGUGCUGAACCACCAGCCAUCCGAGCAUCUGAGGAGCGCCUCAGCAAGGGGGAUGUCUACUUGCUAGAGAAUGGGCUUUCCCUUUUCCUCUGGGUUGGAGCCAGUGUGCAGCAAGGUGUUGUCCAGAACCUCUUCAGCGUCCCUUCCUUCAGCCAGAUUACCAGUGGUCUGAGUGUCUUGCCAGUCCUGGAGAACCCAUUGUCCAAUAGGGUGCGUGACCUCAUUGAUAGCUUCCGUGCACAGAGAUCUCGUUAUAUGAAGCUCAUGGUGGUGAAACAAGAGGACAAGUUGGAGAUGUUAUUCAAGCACUUCCUGGUGGAGGACAAGAGCCUGAGUGGGGGUGCCUCCUACGUGGACUUUCUGUGUCACAUGCACAAGGAGAUCCGACAGCUCCUGAGCUAGAGGAAGUGGGUGCAGGGCAGAGGGCUCCAGGCCAGCUCCCCACAAGUUCCCCAGGACAGCAGGGAAACAUAGAUUAUAAAUCACGUAAGCAGC